GACGGCCAGGCUCGGGCAGCGAGCCUGCGGACAAUGGUGUGAAUGUGCGUGCCAGCUAUCAAGAGCGACCCUCGUGUGAGCCAGUCUCCGCUUUUAUCGGCGGGGUGGUCGUCGUCCUCGCCACCGCCAUCAAGGCAGAGUACGUUUCAAACCUUUGGGGAAGAUCUGCGCCUCACAGAUCAUUCGAUGUACCCUGGCCCCUGCACUGUUCUCCGAGAGCCCAUCUGCUGUGCGUGCCAGACCAAGUUUGGGGGCCAUCUGCCCGUGCCUAGGGCUGAGGCGGCACUGCCUUACUGGGUCCCUCUGUCCCUGAGACCCCGAAAGCAGAUCCCAAAGACGGUCCGGUUUCAUAUCCCCCAAACUACCAAGAUGUGCUCCUGCUCAUGCCACAGCUUUGGGGGCCGCCUCCCAGUGCCGAGGGACCAGGCAGUGAUGCCCUACUGGGUGCCUCAGGUCCUGAGGUCCCAGAAGCAGGUGGUGAUGCAGCAGCAGAGCAGCAGAAGUUUCCAAGAGCCCCCCUUGACUCCCUUUUUCCGCCACAACCGCUGGCGCGUCUGCUGUGACCAGCGUCCCAUGAUGCAGUGGCAGCAACUCCAGGCCCCUCACCAGGACAGGGCCCCGGUGCCUCGGUGGGAAGCCAGCACCCCGGCUCCGCUGCUGCCCACGGGCCUUGGGCUCCUCGCACUCCUCCACGUCAUCCUGAGGGUCAUCGUGGCCAUUCGCCAGAUGUUCUGGUUCUGAAGUUGGAACCUUCAGCAGCUGUCAAGAACAUCAGCAAAAACGUUAGUUACAAUCAGGAUCUUCAACGAGAGUCCUCCGAAAGGGGGGAGUGUAUGAUAUCCAGUAUUUUAGUAUAAUUCAAACCAAGAUUCAAUCCAAAUUAUUUACCAUCCGGUGAUUCUUAGUUGCAGCAGAGCUGGUAUGAAAGUGGGUGAAAUUUUGUUAUGCAUGCAGCCAAUAAAUGUUAUUUGCAA